AUGGUUCGUGGCCACAUCGGGAUUCUAAGGGAACUAUGGACGAAGCCGGCCGCGCCUACCUUGUGGGGUUGUUUGGAGGACACCUGGAUUGCCGACCUGGAAUGUGCGCUCCGCAAUCCCGCCCAUGCCCUUCAACCGCCAGCCACCACAAUGGAGGCCGUCUGGGAUCUUGCAAACGCGCUUGACGCUAGCAAGCCGCAGUCACUAUGGGAGGCCGCUCAUUCUGCCGGGGAACUGGCUUCGAUCCACUUUCUGCAAGCUCACGAUGUUCCGCGGCCUCCCCUUUCUCCUCGUUACUGCGGGCCAAAGCAUCUUGUGCCGUGGGCUUGUUCCAUCCCGCCCGUAUCGCAGUGUCCGAUCGAUGUCUUGACCGCGCUUCUCAAACACAAGGCGCCUGACACGAUCUGUCCGCCGUUUGUCCUUGAAGGCAUCGAAAUCGCCCCGCCGUCCAUGAACUUUCUCGACAUCCUGGUACUUCCGUUCUGGACUCCCUCGGUCGCCGCCUUCUCCAUUCAGCAAGCUUUCGAUGAAUGCGUUCGUCUCGCGUGGGACGAACAUGCGUAUCGGCGAUGGGAACACAAUUUCGGUAUUGAUCAGGGCGACGUCACAAACCAGAGGUCGGUACACAGGUUUGAGAUGGAGCGCCGCCUCAACGCGCUUAACCGCUUUGUCCGCGACGCUCUUGAAGCACGGCUGGAAGUCAAGUCUCCCAGUAGCAUUGUUUUGCCAAGGCUGGCCCGGAAAACGCGUUUCGUGGUCGACCUGCAGCUGAGGUCCGUUCUUGCUGCUCUGUUGAGCCGUGCAGAGGCGGGUGGGUGGAAUUCGUACACGGCAAAGCUCUGGGUCAGCAAUAUACUGGAGCUCGGGUUUGACGUGGAUAAGAUAACAGCGAACUACCGCCCCUGGUUUGAACACCACGGUGUCCCCGUCGCCUUAUUGGCCAAGCACGGCUCGGCAUGGGCCACCGAGCUUCUGAACGGGGCCGACCCCGAAACCAUGCUGAACCCACCUCGUCCUCCCAAUUACACGACCUUGGGUAUGUUCAUGCAGUUUUCGGGCGUUCUCCCGGUUGACAACCACAUCACGAAACCUCUGGAUAGGGUUCCAUCAAAUGAACCUGUGGACGAUGAUUCUGACUCCGAACCACCUCCGCCCGACGAAUAUGAUGACUGAACGGUUCUGUUUUCAAUGGCAUGGUGUUGAGUUUUUACUUCCCGGAGGACGCCAACCGCGUGUGCAAUGAAUGAUUCUUGUUCCGUCAGCCUUGACGGCCCCUAAGGGGAUGACACCCUUUUUGACUGCGUCGCUUGCACCCGUUUUUUUUUCCGCGCCUGCUUAUGCGCACUUGCUCGCGCUAAUUUACCCCGACCUGAAGGCUCAACAGGCAAUGUGCCCACUUGUUUGCGCGAAGUCUUGUUGUCAUGGACAAUGCAAGCCAAGAUACUUACGCC